AAUUACCCAUAUAAAUCAUUGCAGAAUGGUGGUAAUAAUAGUCCUAAGAAAUUAUCUGCUGCAUCAGCUAGAGCGCACCCUAGGAAGCCCAAGCAAAGAGGGACCUUAAUCAAACUAUCUUCAAACUAGGUGAUAGAGUGAGAAGGGUGCGGGGUAGCCGGAGGUGGGGUAGGGGGUCGGUGAACGUGAAGAAGAAGACAACGAGAUAUGAUUGCCCCGAUUGUAGUUGGAGUACUGGCCGGCUUUGCUGGCUAUGCUUAUCUAGCACUGAGACCUCCCCCUCCCAAAGUCUGCGGUUCUCCAGGUGGCCCUCCAGUGACUUCACCCAGAGUCAAACUAAGUGAUGGAAGGCAUUUGGCCUACAAAGAGAGGGGCACCACCAAGGAAGAAGCAAAGUACAAGAUCAUUAUUUCUCAUGGAUUUGGUGAUUCAAAAGACUUCAAUUUACCUAUUUCUGAUGAACUCUUGAAGGAGCUCCAGAUAUAUCUCUUGUCAUUUGAUCGUGCAGGUUAUGGAGAAAGUGAUCCAAAUCCUAAACGUUCAGUGAAAAGUGAUGCAAUCGAUAUUCAGGAACUAGCUGACAAGUUGCAACUUGGACCCAAGUUUUCUAUGAUUGGCAUCUCCUUGGGAGCAUAUGCGGUUUAUGGCUGCCUAAAAUAUGUACCACACAGGUUGUCGGGAGCUGCCCUCGUAGUUCCAGUUGUUAACUACUGGUGGCCUUGCUUUCCCACUAAGCUAGCACAAGAAACCUUAAAGAAGAUGCUCUUUCAAGACCAGCGAACAUUGCGAAUUGCACAUUAUGCACCUUGGUUGUUCUACUGGUGGAUGACUCAAAAAUGGUUCCCGUCUUUAAGUAGCAUGGAAGGUAAGAUGGACGCAUUAAGCCACCAUGAUAUAGAGAUCAUAAAGCAGUUGUCGGCUGCUCCAAGCGAUGGUCAGGAAAAGGUACAACAACAAGGUGUUCACGAGAGUUUAUACCGUGACAUGAUUGUUAGUUACAGCAAUUGGGAAUUCGAUCCCUCAGAUAUAAGCAAUCCUUUUCCUAAUAAUGAGGGCUCUGUUCAUAUUUGGCAAGGAUAUGAUGACAAGUUUAUUCCAUUCGAGCUGAACCGAUAUUUGUCCCAGCAAAUUCCUUGGAUUCAAUAUCACGAAGUUCCCGAUGCUGGGCAUCUGUUGAUCCACAAAGCAGGUUUAUGUGAAGCCAUCUUUAAGGAACUUAUCUCUUCAUAAAUUCAAUGGUCUGUAACAUUAUACUGGUUCAUGAACGACUUAAUGUCAUUGUAUAAUAAUAAGUAAACUCUUGUAUUAUAGAGGAAUAACCCUUUUUCGUUGCAUGCUAAGUAUUUUACUAUAAAUAUUCACUUA